AUGUCCCUGGUGGAGACGAUCCGGCUGUGGCAAGAGGGGGUGUGUGCAGCGGACGGGAAGGACUGGAGAGCAGCCCUGCAGGCCUUCAUGGCCGUGCAGAAUCCCCCUGCCAAGAUCUGCUUCAACAUCGGCUGCGUCCACCUGGUGCUGGGGCAGCUGCCCGAGGCACAGCAGGCAUUCACCCGGAGCAUUGGCUGUGACAAGCACCUGGCAGUGGCUUAUUUCCAGCGGGGGACAGUGUUUUACCUGCAGCACAACCAUGAAAAGGCAGUCAAGGAUUUCAAAGAAGCCCUGGCCCAGCUGCGGGGCAACCAGCUCAUUGACUACAAGAUCCUGGGGCUGCGAUACAGGCUCUUUGCCUGCGAGAUACUCCACAACAUCGCCCUGGUCCACGCCACAAUGCAGGACUGGGAGAGAGCUGAGGAGCACCUGGCUCUGGCCAUGAGCAUGAAGACCGAGCCCCAGCACAACAAGAUCGACAGGGCGAUGGAAGCCAUCCUGAAGCAGAAGCUCUGUGAGCUGGUGGCCAUUCCCGCCGGGAAGCUGUUUAGACCAAAUGAGAAGCAAGUGGCUCAGCUGGAGAAGAAGGACUACUUGGGCAAGGCUAUGGUGGUGGCAUCUGUGGUGGACAAGGACAGUUUCUCAGGAUUUGCUCCACUCCAGCCACAGGCCUCUGAUCCUCCACCCAGGCCUAAGACCCCAGAAAUCCUGAGGGCCCUUGAAGGGCAGCCACACCGUGUCCUGUACGAGUUCAUCCCCGAGACCGAUGAGGAGCUGCCGGUCCUGCCAGGAAACAUUGUCUUUGUCUUGAAGAAAGAGAAGGACAACUGGGCUACAGUGAUGUUCAAUGGAAAGAAAGGGAUCGUCCCCUGCAACUUCCUCGAGCCUGUGGAGCUCCAGAACAAGCUGCACAUUCAGGUGAGGAGGCCCAGGAGGAGAUAGUGUCCUGGGGAGAGAAGAUCCCCACGCGAAGAAAUCCCUACUGAAGCUGAGAUCCCAGAGCCACCCACCUCCUCAGCGCCCGAGAAGCCCAAGAUGAAACCAGGAGCCAAGGGGAAGCACCACCCACAGGAGGCUGAAGCAGCCACCUCCAGCCCCCAUGUCCUCAAGGUACAUUACAAAUACACAGUGGCCCUGCAAGUCAAGCCAGGCCUCUCCUACAUGGAGCUUCUGGACCUGGUUUGCAAGAAGCUGGAACUCCAGCCCGAGCACACAGAGCUGAGGUACAAGCCUGCAGAGAGCCAGGAGCUGGUGGUCCUGAGCACAGAGAACCUGGAGGCAGCCUGGAGCCAGAGCAAGGACAACUGCCUGACAGUCUGGUGUGACAUCACGGAGGGAAGGGGCUUUUUGCUGGAGAACAAACCGGAGGAGCCGCCACAGGAGGAGACAGGACCAACCCAAGUCAUAGCACAGUACAAUUAUGAAGCCACCCAACCUGAAGACCUGGAGUUUCAGGCAGGAGAUGUGAUACUUGUUUUAUCCAAAGUGAAUGAAGACUGGUUAGAAGGUCAGUGCAAUGGGAAGAUUGGCAUCUUCCCAUCGGCUUUCGUUCAGGAGUCAAACACUAAAGACCUGGAGAUGUGA